AUGAGGGGUUUCCCUUUUUUGGCUGCAGUGGCAGCCGUGUCUACAGCGUCAGGUGCUAUUGUGCCUCUAAACUUGGUGCGCGCGUCUUCAUCGCAUGUACUUUCAUCCACAAUCGUCCAUGCGAGACCGUCAUACGAUUACUAUGACUACCCGUUUGAUUGGGCUCUUGCAUCUUCUUUGGCCGGUCUUACCGGUGCACCACCCACUGCUACUGUUCAUCAACAUGGUACCACGACUUCACCAGGUACAGCAAAUACUCUCUCCACAGCUGCGGAAUCCCCACCGAAGGCUGUCAAUGCUUCUACAGGCACCCCUUCACAAAAGGCGGCUAGUUCCUCUUCGAAGAUGAUACAACCUACCUGGACAGCAGUUAACACCAAUUUGGCGGCCCCAAAUACUCUUGCAACAAAGCCAGUGUUCCGACUCCAUUACCAAUGUCUCAAAAAGACCAUUCGCCCGCGACAAAAACCUGUGCUGCCCCUACCGGCAAAUCACCGGAGACCUACUGGCUUGACCAGCAGGACCACAACCAACGAGGAGCUGGAUUUGCUCCCCUACGCUAAAACGUCGCUAUACCCAGUAUACCGCAAUGUGAUGGAUUACUCAGUUGUCAAUGAUGGCAGUGGUAACCAAACCCCGAAACUACAGAAGGCCGUAGACGAUGACGGCGCGGGUGGCAGUCGCAAGGGGCAUGGUGUCACCCGGUACCCUGCCCUGGUCUACCUUCCAGGAGGCGUUUAUCAGCUUGAAAGUACUCUCAACCUGACUGUGGGUACGAUAAUUGUUGGCAAUCCAUUGAACCCACCGGUCAUCAAGGCUGCGCCAGGCUUUGCAACGUUGGUCAAGAACGUGAUCAUGGAUACGACCGCCCUCAGCCCGGACCGCUACUUCACUGCUCUUCAAUGGGGAGUUGCCCAAGGGUCAGGUUUGACAAAUGUUAAAAUUCGCAUGCCAAAAUCCUCCACGGGUCACACUGGAAUAGAUAUCAAUGCCGGGUCAACGAUCGCUGUUACUGAUGUGCAUAUUACUGGCGGAGCUAUCGGGAUCAAGAACUCCAACCAGCAGGUCAACUUCAAGAACAUAUAUUUCCACUCUUGCAGAACAGCUUUCUCCGCGGCAGGUGGGUGGACGGUGCUGCUCCAACAGGCAACCUUUUAUAGCUGCGGUACUGGUAUCGAUAUGACUGGCAAUGGAUUGGGUAGCCUAGUGCUUCUUGAUUCCGCUUCCGUGAACUCGGGGCCGGUAAUCAGAUUCUAUGACUCGUCCCAUGAUUCCGGAAACCGAAAUAGCCAGUUCCUCAUUCAGAACCUCAAGCACGAUACUCCGAAUGCUAUCGCAGUCGAUGCUCACGGCAAUGUGGCACUCGCUGCUACCCCUUAUGUCGAUACGUGGGUCUGGGGUACUGUCGUCCCAGAAACUUACCAGACUGGGGCAAGCUGGGAGACAAAGCGCCCGGCCGCUUUGGUGGUGGGAGACAAAUACUUUACGAAGGCCCAACCCACCUACCAAGAUUACAGCGCAGCGGAUAUUGUAAACGUGAAGACCGUGUCUGGACACACAGUGAAAGGUGACGGUAAGACUGAUGACACGGAAGCUCUGAACGCUAUCUUGGCUCAAAAUGCCGACUCGUGCAAGGUGACAUACAUCCCCUUCGGUGUAUAUCGAGUGUCAGACACCAUCUUUGUCCCAGUCGGAACCCGCAUGGUCGGAGAAGCAUGGUCUGUCAUUUCUGGAUAUGGUGACAAUUUCAAGGAUCCCAACAAUCCGAGGCCUGUCGUUCAACUUGGAAAUCCCGGCGACGUCGGCGUGAUUGAAAUUCAGGAGAUGCGAUUCUCCGUCGGCGAAACCCUGCCGGGAGCCAAGAUUAUUGAAAUCAAUGCCGCAGGCGACAAACCUGGCGAUGUUGGCCUUUGGAACACGAUGGGGAUGGUGGGCGGGACCGCCGACACUAGUAUCUCCAGUGCUUGCACGUCGCAAGACCCCAAGGACUGCAUGGCUGCGUUUAUGGUACUGCACCUGACCAAGAGCUCGUCCGCAUAUAUUGAGAACUUUUGGGGAUGGACUGCCGAUCACAACAUUGAUAGCGAGUCUCUUCUCACUAUUAUCUCAACCGGUCGCGGAAUCUUGGUCGAAUCCACCAAGGCCACCUGGCUGACAGGCACCGGUUCUGAGCAUCACUGGCUGUAUAACUAUAACUUCCACAACGCCCAGAACGUCUUUGCGGGUCUUCUACAAACAGAAACACCGUAUAUGCAAGGUCAGGGCGAGUACCGGGCCGCACCAGCGCCAUGGACAGCCGUCGCCAAAUACGGUGACCCUGAUUUCUCGUGGUGUGCUGCCGAUGACCAAAAGUGUCGCACCGCGAUAGCUACGAAUGUCGAUGGCGGAUCCAACAUCGCGCUGUACAACUCAGCUGCCUGGGCCUUCUUCGACGGGUACUGGAAUGGUCUGUAUAAUGAGCCUUGCAACGGGAACUGCCAAACCAACAUGAUGCGGGUGACGAAUGAACCUCAAAAUCUGGUAUGGUACUCGAUCAGCACACGCAUGACGGACGUGAUGGUACUCGAUGGGAAAAGCAAUCCCCGUCAAUCGGACCACAAAGGCGGGUGGGAAGGCAUCAUCCAGGUUUACGGCCAGUUUACAGCGUGA